AUGGCAAUAUGGCCUUUUGGUCGCAAGGGUAGGCGGUCCAGCACUCCGCUGGCGGGACCUGAAACAGUGGAGAAGAUGUACGCUGCUCAGGAACCAGAGUCUAUCCUUGCACCUCCUCAAGAGGCUGCCAUCUCACCCAAACGGAAGCCUUCUCGCAAGAAAUCCAAGCGUCGCAAGAACCGUGCUUCAGCAACUCCAGACGAAUCCUCCAUCCCAGGGCAAGAUGCGCCUUCUCCUCGUCGAGCAAAAACCACUCCGCAGACGAGGUUCAUCGAACCGAAUCAUCCUCCCAUGAAAGCGAAAACUGAACCCAUUGGUCAGCGUCCCUACGGCCUUGAACAGGCAUCGCACUCCAGCAUCGGUCAAGAUCAACUGUCUGUCUCGAGGAGCGCAUCAGUGUUGCGAAGGAAGCCCAGCAGCACCGGACCCUCAGUUUUGAAGAAGAGACUCAGCAAGCGGAAGAUAGAACAGAUUUCAAGGGAGCAGGAGAUCCGGGCCAUGUCUUCAUCUCCUGUGAACAUUCCGAGACGUACUGGCGCAUCGAAUGUCGUGUCCAGCUCGUGCGAUACGAGGAGGGUUGGUAGUGUAAUCAGCCGUUCAGAUCGCCAUGCUUCAGACCUGAGCCUUCCUGUUCGAGACUCGCCGGGUUCCUCCAUGACAGAUGGGUCCGAAUCGUAUACCUUCAAGGUCAACACAUUUGCUGCCUGGACCCCACGACCUGCGAUUCGGUACAGUGAGCCGCCCCGAUACGAAACUCCCAGGAGCCAGGGACCGUCCGUGGCCUCAAAUAAACAGGCGACCAUCCCGGAGGAAAGUCUCAACCCGAAAAAGAGAAUCGACGAACUGGCCGACGAUCUGGAUGCUGGAGCUCUGAGGGAACUCCUGGAACGGGAUCGCCGUCGGAAGGAAAAGAAGCGUAUUGCUGACCAGGAAAGGCUGCAGCGCAGGUUGCAGCGCAGGGCUGAGCGUCAACGAGAGCAAGAGCGUCGGCGAGAAGAACAAUCUGGACCUUCGGAUGAUCGCGAACAGGGGACUGAAGACCGCCGCGGACGCAGCGUUCUCGACACACACAGAGCAUCAGUCUCGCGUGAUCAAGAUGAGCACGAUUCCGGGGCCAAGGCUGGUUCGUCUUCUCAGCAAUCUGGUUCGUGGCUGCGAGGUCCCUCGAACGAUGGUCGCUUGCCAAAAAGCAAUCGUGCUUCUCUGGAAAGCGUGCAUGUCAUUGGGACCUUGGAUGACAGUUCCAUCCGUGCCGAAAAGAUGGCCCAGAGAGACAGCAUGGCUUUGUCCCAAGAUAUGCAGAUCUCGCGGAGCAGUAUUUCUCCUUGUCCCUCGCCCGUUACAAAGGAUCCCAGUGGAACGAGUACGUCGCAGCAUCCUGGGUUUUCUUCGGAGUCGAUAUCAGACCGCUCUAGGACGAUCGAUCAUGAAAGACGCCCAUCGGACAACAGCGGCAAGCGUAUGAACGGAUGGUCGACCUUCUUCCGCCGCGGUAGCUCUCGCCUCAAGAGAGGCUCUUGGGAUCGUGCUCAACGCGCGCCUUCCGAAUUCUCCAACACAUCGCGAGAGUCCUUCUCGAGAGCUCCUCCGUCAGUCACGGGGACUUCACCUGGAAUGGUGCAGAGAAGUUUCCUGCGUGUCGGCACGGUCAAACGCUCGCAAUCCAAGUUCACAGAGCACCUGGGUGACUUUCCGAUUUCACCUCCGGAGUCUCGGUUGCAGUCACCUGAUAUUCCUGAAACCAUUCCAGAUAUGCCCUCCCCGGAGCAGGCUUCUUUCCACGACGAUCUCGAGCAAACGAUCGGUCGACCCAUUCCUGGGCGAUCAGCCGGUCGACACCGUUCCUGGGAAAGUGGCGUCGAAACGCGGCCGGACAGCGCUCUCCUGUCACGUUCUCUUGCGUCCGUUGACUCGGAAGGAUCUUGGAUGUCCGGCAAAUUCCUGCGUCGUAUUUCGCAGCACGCCAACAGCCCCGUUCGACACAGUGUUGCCUCCAGUGGGAAUAAGCUCGAAGGUUAUGCCGAAUCCAGAGAAGCUGACGAUAUCGUUGGCGAUGAAGAUCUCGCCAGGCUGACGCCUAGCCACGAAGAAUGCCGGGAUUCUCUUGCCGGUGCGCGUAGGGCGAGUAGCAGUGCGAUGGGUGCCGAUAGUGAUAGGGAGAGCGAUAGUCUCCCCAUGCAAAAACCCGAGCCUGAGGUAGAGCCGGCGGAGACAUGGCAUAUCGGUAUCGGUCGACGGCCAACUGUAAUCCGGCCAUCCAAUCGACCCAAAUCCAAAGCAGGACUUCUUCUCGAUCAUGUCCAAAAUGUGCCCACUGCCCAGAGCGCGGAGGUCUUAUCCGUCUCGGGAGAUAACAGCCCUGUGGACGAAGAAGAAGGAGAACAGGAAGAAGCGGAAAUCCAACGUGCGACGAGUGUCGAUUACGGAAGAGGACACGUUCGCCAUGUCAGCGCUGGAAGCGCAAAGUUGCUGGAUAUCCGGGCGUCGAUGGAUUCUAAAUCACCCAGUUCUGGGGCGGAAGCCCGCUCUGAUCCUACUGGGUCCAAGUUCUGA